AUGAAAGUCCUCGUUGUUGGUGCUACUGGCUUCGCUGGUUUUCCUGCGGCUCGAGCCCUAGCUCGCGCAGGUCAUCUUGUGUAUGGUCUGGUCCGCUCUGCUGAGAAAGGCAAGAAACUGGCUGCAGAAGAAAUUAUACCGAUUGUCGGCGAUGCUUUGGACCCAACGCCGUGGCUGCCUAUUGUUGCCGAACUUGAUACUGUCAUCGACGCCGUAGGCGGAGCUGUUGACCUGAAAGCGAUUGGCUCAUCACUUUUGUCUGCUGUUGCGGAAGCAGCUCAAAAAUAUCGACCGCAUGAUGCACCCAAACUGAACUACAUCUACACCAGCGGUACUUGGGUACACGGAGAGAAUCGCUCCAACGUCGUUACCGAUACAACGCCACUCACUUCACCUACACCAUUGGUUGCCUGGAGACCAGCCCAUGAGCGAGCCGUGAUCAACAACCCCAUCCUCAACGGCAUCGUCAUUCGGCCAGCGUUAAUCUACGGUCGUUCCGCUUCUAUCCUUGCUACCUUAUUCAAGAAUGCAUACAAUGGGAAGGUCUCCUGGUAUGGUACACCUGGAGGCCGAUAUGCUCUGAUCCACGUAGAUGACCUGGCCGAACUCUAUGUCCUGACAGCUGAAAGAGCUACGAUUGCAGCUGGAAAGAUCUUCGACGCUGCUAAUGACUUUACUGAGAGUGCGGAUGAUCUUCUUAACAAACUCGUGCUGAUUAGCGGCGCGAAGGGCCCGUACGAAUACGUUGAACCCAGCAAUCUAUUCGAAUCAGCCAUCACAACGACGACGCUCAUUCGCCCUUACCUUGCGCGCUCAGUGCUUGGGUGGCAGCCUCGUAAAGCAGGAUUGGUUGAUUUCCUUGAAGUGUACUACAACGCUUGGAAGGCUAAUGAGGGCCUCUUGACGUUUACUUUGACGUUGGUUCCAUGAUGUUCUCCAGGAGAUGUUCUCCAGGAGAUGUUCUCUUGAUCUUUUUGCUAGUAAUAAUUGAAUUGUAUACCGAGU